AUGAGGUUGAUCAUGAUAUUCGGCACCCGCUCCACAAUGCGGUCGGAUCCCUCGGCGUUUUGGUGCCGUGCCAACGCCACCGUCGCCUUGAGCGGCACGGGCGCGCUGCAGCUGAGGGAGUCCGCAGAGUGUACGACGAAAUCUACUCUGUCGUCAAUGACUCCCGUAAUGAUCGCCGGCCCAAACGCAUUAAAUGCCUCGCAGAGAAAUCAGACUGUUGACCCGCUUGUCAUGUGA